ACAAAGGGGCACAUAGAGACCUGCAGGACUGUAAGCAGAAGGUUGUGUAGGAAAAGUAGCUGAGGAGGACUGGGGGCUGGAAGAAAAGCAGAUGCUGCAGGCAGGUGUGAGUGGUGGUGCAGCUGCGUGUGGGGAGCCCAGUGUGAGGAGACUGGGCAGCGAGAAGUGCAAGAAGACAAGAGGGAGUCUCUGAAGUUGGCACUGAGAGGCACUGUGCUUUGCUUUCAUCUGAUGAACACUGUGGUGACCAGACCUGCUCUGUGCCAUCUUCCCUCCUUCCAGCCAUCUACCCCGCCAGGCAGCAUCUCCAUCCCUGUGCUGGGGAGCACACACCGAUGGGACUAAAGAGGGUGGCUAAGAAAUACAGCAGUUGCUCAGCAACUCCCCAUCCCCUGAGGAGGACAAUGUAAGCGAUUGCACCAGUCUCCUGGAUUGCUCUUCUCUGCACAGCUAGAGGUGCUCAUACCUUGACUUUUUCUGGAUUUCCCCUGCUCAGCCUGCAGAUCUUCUCCUGUUUGAAGCCUCCAAACCCUCCAUUUCAGAAAAGAAAAAAAGUCAUUGUGCAGGGUGUGCUGACCCACUGCAGCAGGAUGGUGCAGGACAAAGGCCGAGCUGAAGGGACAUGGCACCAGGUUAUUGAUCACUGAGGAGACCUUGAGCUGCGUAAAUAGAUGUCCUACUUCCUCCCCCACUCCCUGCAGGUGUGAGCUGGGGUGUGGGCCAGGUCUCACGGGCAGCAGCAAGCUUUAGAGACACGCCUGAUGGAGGCCGAGGAACAGGAGGAAGACUCCAGCUCCCUCUCAAAUGACAAAUCAGAAACUAACUCACGUCGCUGCCUCCGCUAUGUGCCCCUUGGGAUAGCCUUUCUUGUGCUGGCUGGAGCUGCUGCAGCAACCUGGUAUUUCCUAGACUACAGACCAUGGCAUCUGGAACCAUCCAUCCUGCAGUUUUACUGUGGCAGCCUCCAGGUCCUCAACCGUCAGUACUCCCCAGACCUCGGGCAGGUGGAGUCCAGAGCCUUCUGGGUGGAGUCAGCUAAGCUCCAGAACAUGCUGAAGGAACUGAUUCUUGCCACAGAGCUGGGUCGGUACUACAACUCGAGCACAGUGUAUGCCUUUGGGGAGGGAGCUCUGACCUUCUUCUUCUGGUUCACCCUCCAAAUCCCUGAGAGUCAGCAGAAGGAGGCAACUGCUGAGAGGGUAAAAACAAUGCUCCACCAAGAGCUCUCCACCAGCUUCAACAGCUCGGGCAGCCUGUCCUACCAGAAGGAGUACAGGGUGAACCCAGACUCUCUGGUUCUCCUGGAAUCCAGUGUGAAAGACAUAGUAGUGCUGCAAUCCACUCUGGGUUGCUACAGGUACAGCUAUGUCCAGGAGGAUGAUGUCCUAAGGCUGGAAGGCCCUGACUACCUGGCCUCCAGUUGUCUUUGGCACCUCCAUGGCCUCAAGGGCUACAUGAUCAAGCUACGCCUGGAGUGGACUCUGCCUGACUGCAGGGACCGCCUGGCAAUGUACAACGCAGCUGGGCCCCUGGAGAAACACCUCAUCACCUCGAUCUACGGCUGCAGCCGGCAGGAGCCCAUCGUCGAAGUCCUUUCAUCUGGCCCUGUCAUGUCCAUUGUGUGGAAGAAAGCCAUGUACAGCUACUAUGACCCCUUCAUCCUCUCAGCACAAGUGGUGCCCCUCGAAGCUUGUGAAGUGAACAUAACUCUGCAGGAGAGCCUGGAGCUGCAGGGGAAGAUCGGCACCCCACACUACCCCAGCUACUACUCGCCCAACACGCAAUGCACCUGGCACAUGACGGUCCCAUCCCUUGACUAUGGAGUCACACUCUGGUUCGACGCCUAUGCACUCAGCAGACAGAAGCAUGACCUGCCCUGUACCCAAGGCCAGUGGAUCAUUCAGAACAGAAGGUUGUGCGGCCUGCGGACCCUGCAAGCCUACGCUGAGAGGAUCCCAGUCACAUCUUCUGCUGACAUCACCAUCACCUUCACCUCGCAGAUCUCCUUAACCGGCCCUGGCGUACAGGCAGCUUACAGCCUGUACAAGCAAUCUGACCCCUGUCCUGGGGAGUUUCUGUGUUUGGUGAACGGUUUGUGUGUUCCAGCCUGUGAUGGGAUCAAAGAUUGCCCCAAUGGGCUGGAUGAGAGAAACUGUGUGUGCCCUGCAAAGUUCCAGUGCCGUGAGGACAGCACUUGCAUCGAGUUCAGCAGGGUCUGCAAUCAGCAGCUGGACUGUGUCAACGGGAGUGAUGAGGAGCACUGCAGUGGAGGGGUCCCAUGCGGUCCUUUCACCUACCGUUGUGAAGAUGGGACCUGUGUGAAGAAACCCAACCCCCUGUGUGAUACCACUGCAGAUUGCAAGGACCUGUCUGAUGAGAAUCACUGUGACUGUGGGAUGCAAGCCCCUCUCAGCAGGAUUGUGGGUGGUAUGAAUUCUGUGGAAGGGGAAUGGCCAUGGCAGGCCAGCCUGCAAGUUCGGGGCCGCCACAUUUGUGGGGGAACACUCAUUGCUGACCGCUGGGUGGUCUCAGCAGCACACUGCUUCCAGGAUGAGAGGCUUGCCUCCCCCUCCAUCUGGACCGUUUACUUGGGUAAAUACUUGCAAAAUGCCACUGGCCAUACAGAGGUGUCCUUCAAGGUUAUCCAUCUCUUUCUCCACCCUUAUUACGAGGAGGACAGCCACGAUUAUGAUGUGGCCCUGCUCCAGCUGGAUCAUCCUGUGAUCAUCUCGCCCUUAAUCCAGCCCAUCUGCUUGCCUGCUCCUUCUCACAUCUUUGAGCCUGGCCUUCUUUGCUGGAUCACUGGCUGGGGAGCCCUCAAGGAAGGCGGGCAUAUCAGCAAUGUUCUGCAGAAGGUGGACGUGCAGCUCGUCCAGCAGAACAUCUGCAGCGAGGCUUAUCACUACAUGAUUACUCCCAGGAUGCUGUGUGCUGGGUACUACCAGGGCAAGAAGGAUGCCUGCCAGGGUGAUUCUGGAGGUCCACUGGCCUGCAAAGAACCCAGUGGCAGAUGGUUUCUGGCUGGUUUGGUCAGCUGGGGAAUGGGAUGUGCACGUGCAAAUCACUAUGGAGUAUACACCAGGAUCACUCAAGUGCUGGGCUGGAUGAACCAAACCAUGAGCUGAGAAAAGUGCAUCUCUGUCUUCUUCCCAUCACACCUACAUUCACAUGGCACUCAUUCCUGAUCUUGCUCACUUGACUCCCAAAGAAAGUGUGGGAUGUUGUCAGACCCAGGAUGCUCUUCUGAACUGGGUAAAAAAAGGCUGCUGCAGGGAUUGUAGAGAAAAGCAGGCAGAGAAAAGCAGCAUUUCCCCAUUAGUGCUUCCAAGGGAGCAUCCCAAGGGGUUUUUAGGCCAUCCAUCCAAAAGCGGGGAGAAGGGAGGCAGGUGGGGGAGCUGGGAGCAAUGACAUGACACACAGCAAUAGGCCCAAGCUGAUGGUUUAUGAGAAGAGGAAUAAGGGGAGUUGAACUUUCCAUGAACCAUGUGAUUCAGCCACAGUCUUAUGCUGGAACAUUUGCUGGAAGAAAAUGUGACUGAUGUAGUUAGAGAUUCCAGUAACUGUGAAAUCAAUCUGCCUCCCUCUUCCUUCCUGCUGCUUAUCCUUCAUCCCCCUUCCCCUCCCAUCACUCCUCCUCUUCCAUCUCCCUAAUUGCUUCUUUUCUUAGCUGGCGUGUGCUGUUCAGUGUGCUGUUCAGCUCAGCCAGCCAACUCUUCACGUCUCACUGACUCCCAGGCAUGAGCCCAGCAUCGCACCCCCAAGCACGUGUCCUGCCUCCCUGCUGGAGCAGCACCCAGCCUCCACUGCUGCACUUUUCCCAGUAAAAAUGCUGGAGCAGACUCCUAUCCCCUUCCCUCAGUCCUUCUAAAUACCUUUAACAUCAGGGCAUCUCAACCUCUUUCAUCUCCUAUCUCAGGUAAUGCAGGAGAUGAAGGAGAAGGCUUCAGGGCUCAGGGCUUAAACUGCAACUGCUGCAGGUUUGGUUUUUUAACUAAAGAUAUAUGUGUGUGUGUAUGUGUGUAUGUGUACAUAAUUGGCCACUCUCUGGAAUUAUAAAUAAAAUUAAUUUGACGAUG